AACCGGAAGCAUCAAUAGAAACGAUUGAGGAACGAAAAAAAUAUCACCUGUCGAUUUUGUUCAGAUAUCUCUUCUCCACUUAAUCUCCACAUACCAUUUCCACAACACCCAUACUCCCACGGUAAUUAUUUGUCGCCUCAGUCUGGACGGAUAAAGCAGAGCUGGCAGUGUAAUCCUUUGCGCAAACGGGGGGUUUUGGAGGUGCGUUAUAGCCUCGCGACAGAACAAAUGUAAACAAGCAGCUGAUCAGCUGUGCGGCCGAGGACGCGCAAGGAGACGACGUGAUGACAGCGAGCCGCAGGGUUUGACAAACACAUUCUGCAUCAUAUAAAGCCAAAUUAGAGAUGUAUUUGCUUAUUGUAGAGUUUUUGUAGAUGUUAUAGCAGUACACGAGGACAAUUCCCAACCAGCGGCAGAUACAAAACAUACGGCUUAUUAAUUUAUUAUUAACAUGUUUUGUCACUGAUUAGAAGAGUGAUGAAUAGAUUUAUUUGUCUUAAUAUCUGCUUGAAGAUCGGAUAACUUCACGUCUAACAGGAAAAGCAACAGGAUUCGAGAAAUAGCAAGGGAAGAAUAAGGUUAACAGUCCCUUCUGGGCCCCACGGAAUAAAUAAAUAUUAGAAACGUAUUAAUAUUUACAUGAAGCUGGAAGUUUAAGGCACCCUAACAUCACUUCUCCUGGAGAGCAGCACAGUAAGGCUGAAGGAUCAGGACUGUCAUGGCACACCAGCAGAUGCCGAGCUCUCAGAAGGCUCUGAUGCUGGAGCUGAAAUCCCUGCAGGAGGAGCCAGUGGAAGGUUUCCGCAUCACACUAGUGGAAGAGUCUGACCUUUACAACUGGGAAGUGGCCAUCUUUGGCCCUCCAAACACACUUUAUGAAGGGGGCUACUUCAAGGCCCAUAUAAAAUUUCCUAUCGACUACCCCUAUUCUCCUCCGACCUUCCGAUUCCUCACCAAGAUGUGGCAUCCAAACAUCUAUGAGAAUGGCGACGUGUGUAUUUCGAUUCUCCAUCCUCCUGUGGAUGACCCUCAGAGUGGAGAGCUGCCCUCAGAGCGAUGGAAUCCCACACAGAAUGUCAGAACAAUCCUGCUGAGCGUGAUCUCGCUGCUUAAUGAACCCAACACCUUUUCUCCUGCAAAUGUGGACGCCUCGGUCAUGUUUCGCAAGUGGAGGGACAGCAAAGGCAAGGACAAGGAAUACGCAGAGAUUAUAAGGUACGCCCACUUUAUCCUUUAAAUGACUGACUUGGUU